UUUAUAUUGCUGAGUUCUAAACCCAUCUCGUUAUUAAAUCUUCUAAAAUGGGUUUAGUUUCCUUCCCUUCAUCUCUGUACUACUCUGUAACACCAUCAAAUUCCCUCCCAAUUUUCUCCCAAACAAGAAAUUUUCCUAGAAAUGGGAUCAAAUCAGCUUGUUUUCCAGGAAAAUUACACAAGUCUUCGAUGCCGGAGAGAUGGGGUUCACGACAGGCAGGCUCAUCUAUAGUGCCAUUUGAUGCCAAGAGUUCAGGAUCGAGAGAGGAGGAUCACAGAGCUCUAGAAACAGUUCUCAAGCUUUACUCUGCAAUCAAGAACCAAAAUGUUCGUCAAUUGUCUGAUAUCAUCGCCGAUGAAUGCGUGUGUGUGUGCAGUUUCGUCUCCUUCUUCCAACCUUUUCAUGGGAAAAAGCAAGUGCUGGAAUUUUUCAGUUCUCUGAUUGCAUACUUGGGUAAUCACAUCGAAUUUGUGGUGAGACCGACAUUGCAUGAUGGGAUGCAGGUUGGCGUCCAAUGGAGUCUAGAUUGGAAAACGACACAUGUGCCUUUGGGAAAGGGUUUCAGUUUCCAUAUCUGCCAUGUCUACAAGGGGAAUGUGAUGAUCAGGAAUGUAGGGAUGUUCUUGGAACCACUACUUCAUAUUGAUCCCAUCAGGCUAAAAAUACUGGGAUUCUUGGUGGCUACAAUGGACAAGAUAACCUCAAUAACAACGUCCCAAGGCAGUAAAAAAAGGGUCGUAUAUGUUAUCCUUGCUGUUGUGUUUAUGGGUAUCAUUCUAUUUUUCUCGAAGCCUGGACUGUACUAAAAUGUUCACGUUCCACAUAUGUUCAUGUAUAUUUGAUUCAAUCGAUACAUUGGGUUUUGAAAUUGAGAUUUAUUUUUAAGGAACCAGAAAUGAAAACCGACAAUAUCUAGAGUAAUUGUGCAAUAUUAAACUAUGUUAAUCCAU